AUGGAGGCCAAUUGCGCGCGUCUCGCAUCGGCGCCCAAGCCCGUGCUUCUGUUGUUUGCGCCGCCGCGCAAGCAGCGACUGGUGCGCGCCGCGUCGCUUCUCGACGGUGCCUCCGCCCGCCUUCACCGCAGCUUUGCGAGGGCGCUCUGCACGCCGCGCGCGUCCGAGUACGAGGUGCUCUGGUCGGCGCCACCGCUCGGGCUCGUCUUGCACUACAAGCCGCCAUCGCGGACCAAGACGCCGUGCAUUAAGCGCGUCAAGCCGCACUGCGCGCUCGCGCUGCCGAAUUCGGCGGACGGCCAUUUGCUCGUGGCCGUCAACAACAUUGCGACAUCUGGGCUCGCGUCGUCGGACCUCACGCGCCUCCUCCACAGCGCCGGGUUUCCGAUCGUGCUCCGGUUUCGAAGCGAAUCGGAGACGUCGGCGCCGCCGUCCAACCGCAUCUCGGACAGCGACGCCGCCAGCUCCAUCUUGGAACUCGAUGCGACGCACCGCAUCGUGUGGCGGGACGGCGACCUCGGCCUCACGUUCGCACCGAACGCAGCGGGGCCGGUUGUCAAGCGCGUCGGCGCUUGCUCGCAGCGCGUCCGCGUCGGCGACGUGCUCUUGCACAUCAACUCGAAGCCCGUCCCGAUGGACGAGCCGUUCAGCGACACGAUGGCGCGGCUCGUCGCGAUGCCCAAGCCCAUCGUCUUGGGCUUUACGCACGCCAUGGCCGACGAACGCGGCUCCAGCGAGUCGCUUUGA